CAGACUUGCAGUGGGUACAAUGUUAAUGAUAGGGCAUGAAACAAAGUUGUUAAAAACCAGAUGUGCUCAUUCUAUGACAGGUGGUAUUCAUACGCACAUAGCUGAAGGGGAUAUGUUGCAGUGUAGGUUACAUAGAAGAGGAAAAAUGUAUGUGCUGUAACAACACUGAGUGCUUUGUGGUACAGUUGCUGGGAGGGGACCAUCUUCACUCUGUACCAGCAACAUAUUGUACUCCUUCCGACAGAUACACAGGCAAGGUGAAGAAGAAAGGAAGCUACAUUUCAGAUCAGCCUGCUGCGAUCAUGUCAACAGUGGUGCUCCUCCUUGUAGUGGGAAUACUGGAUGUGAGCUUCGGCCAACACUACAGCUCAUUCCAGUGGCUCUCGCAUCUACGAGGGCGGCGGCAGCAUGCCGGCUGGCAGGCAGAGGACAGUAAUUGCCCCCUGGAAUGCGACUGCCCGUUGAUGUACCCAACCGCCAUGUAUUGCAACAAUCGCAACCUUCAGCAUGUUCCUUAUGUCCCAUCACAAAUAAAGUACGUCUACCUGCAGCGUAACAGGAUCGCAGGCAUCCAGGAUGGGGUGUUUGACAAUGCUACCAACCUGCUGUGGAUAGUCAUGUCUCACAACCAGCUCAACUCAGACAAGAUGAGCAAGAACAUCUUCAGCAAGUUGAAAAACCUGAAGCAGCUUCACCUGGAUAACAAUGAGUUGAGUCGUGUUCCUGAGAACCUGCCCAGAUCUCUCACAGACCUGCGACUGGGUCACAAUAAGAUCUCCAAAAUCACCCCCAGCUCUUUGGAAGGAAUGGCCCACCUCACUACUCUAUACCUGCAAGCAAAUGUCAUAGAGGAAACAGGAAACGAGUUUAAGGGACUCAAGUCUCUGAUCAUGCUGGACAUGAGCAAAAACAAACUGAAGAAAAUUCCAGAGAAUCUCCCUGAGCUGCUGCAGCAGCUCUACCUGCAGUCCAAUAGCAUAGAGAGUGUCCCGGAAGGUCUUCUCUCUUUGAACCCCAAACUGCAGUUUCUACGGUUGGCUCAUAACAUGCUCACAGAUAAAGGACUUCCAUCCAAUGUUUUCAAUUCUAGCACCCUUGCUGAGCUUGACCUUUCCUUCAAUAGACUGGAGAAGAUUCCCGUUGUCAGUAGGAACCUGGAGAACCUUUACUUGCACGCCAAUAAAAUCAAAGAGUUCACCUUGAGCAGCUUCUGCGACUCUGUUGACAUGACGAACUUCUCCAGGCUAAAAGUGCUGCGUUUGGAUGCCAAUGAGAUUAAUGCCAGAGACAUUCCUGCCGAGGCUGCCUACUGUUUGCGGCGUGUUGCUUUUAUUGAUGUGUAGAGAUUCUUGCUCUCUCUCUCUCUCUCU